AUGCCCCCUCCGAAAGUUCCGGUUAGUUUCGUUGCCUGGAUUGCUAAAUAUAAUCGAAUUGGCCCAAAUGUUGGUCGUGUUGCCGAAUAUCCUCUAAACUUUGGAAUAGUUGUUAUGAAGAAUAUAAAAUAG